AUGCUUUCCAUCCUCAGGGAGCAUCCUAUCUUGACUUGGAUGAAAGCGCUCUACGUCGUAGUCUCUCUGCCCCUUCUCCUAGCCGGCCGUGUUGUCCCUUACUACUAUCGUGCAUCGCAUCGUUUCCCUGCGGAGGACAUAACUAUCACUACUCUAGUGACAGGAAACCGAUUCCACAUACUUUCAGACCUUGCUCAGAGCUAUCACGGACCCAUUUCUGUUGCUGUGCACGUUUCCUCGGGUCCACGAUCUGAGGUCAGCUCUCUUCUUGAUAGUCUGCAUAGUCUUUACGAAACCAUUCCUGCGAUAUUGCAUGCCAGGACCGACUACGUCAUGAUGCUUGAUGUGGACUUCAGCAUAUGCACCGAUUUCAGGAGUAGAAUCCUGGAGAGCCAGGAUGUAAUUUCUAAACUAAGAAUGGGAGAUGUGGCUCUGGUUGUUCCUGCCUUUGAAUUCACGGACCAAAGGGAUGGGAUCGAUCCCAGUACAUUCCCGAAGGACAAGGAGGGGCUCCUUUCUCUAGUCCAGAAUGGAAAGCUGAAUAUGUUUCACGCCUCUUGGCUACCAGGGCAUCACAGCACCAACUACGACAAAUACUAUGAGGCUCCAGCCGGGCAUGUCUAUCGUGUCACUGAUUAUCAAUACUCUUAUGAACCCUAUAUCAUUUUUAAGAGGGACUCGGCACCUUGGUGCGAUGAACGUUUCGUUGGAUAUGGGAGCAACAAAGCAGCUUGUCUGUUUGGCAUGUACUUGUCUGGGAUAUCCUUCUACGUAUUACCCGAUGAUUUCGUGAUUCACAGAAGUCAUAUUUAUGCCGAAAAAACCCGUACCUAUGAGCGCAAGUACAAUAGUCUGGUUUACGCUGAUUUCCGAGCAGAGACAUGCCUCCGGUAUUUCAUGCAACGUUUGCUGGAUGGGACGCUGGAGCUGCAGAAAGGUGAAAACGUAAGGACAGAAUGUAUCCACAUCGAUGGUGUUCCUGGAGCAGUCAAAGAAGUCAGUGCCUAA